AUGCAGGUGGCCGACAUAAAACGAGUGAACAACCUAAUUCGGGAGCAAGACUUUUACGCUUUGAAGUCCAUUCGAAUCCCCGUCAAGAAGCAUGGCCUUUUCACGGAGUGCAGCGCGGAGCUGGGUGAAGCGCCGCCUUGCGCCUCCAGGGCUCCUUGUCCCCUGCCCUCGCCCUCCCCCCCCCCAGCUGCGCACAGCGCUGCCAGUCCCGAUGCCCGGGAGUGCACUGACUUCCUCAGAGAAGUGGACCAGGACCUGGAGAGGCUGAUCCAGACCAGCGACGGCCUGGGCCCGUGCCCCGCGGACGACCACGGAGGGCCGCCCCGAGCCGCGGGCAGGCAGGCGCCAGCGAGCUACGGGGCAGACUGGGGCAUCCGGUGGUGGAACGCUGUGUUGGUCAUGCUUCUGAUAGGCAUCAUCCUGCCCAUAUUUUACCUGGUGUAUUACAAGACGCAGGAAAGCGUGAGGACUGCUGUGGAUGCUGGCUUUGUGAAUCACUCCGAUCCUACCUCAAACACUACGGAAAAGAGCCUUGGCACAACCCCCAGCGAGGGCUUAGAUGUUCAGGGCAGAACCCAUCCACUCCUGAGAAAAACUAUGGGCACAUAGUGAUGGCCCAGGAUGUUUCCCAGAUAAUAACCUCUUCUGUUGCCUCUGUGUUACAGUGACACCUAAAGCUGGGCUCCUCCACAAUUUUCAGGCCUUUUUGCCCCACUGACACUCUUCUCAGACUUUGUUUCCUUCUGCAACGUGUAUUUUGUGUUUGUUAGCCAGUCAUAAGGUACUUAUGUGGAUUGUUCUGUAUGAUUUCCACUGCCUACAUAUCACAAAAAAUACUUUGAUAGCCAAUAGAGUGGAAAUCUCUCAAGGCCCUUCUCUCUGCAUCUUGCGUUGAGUGAUUUGGUUUUCUGUCCUGUGUUUUUGGAAUCAUGAUGUGAUAUGAGUGUGGAGAUUUUGUUGCCAUAAAGAUUUCAGUAUUUUUUUAGACUGCAGUUUAAUACCGAGAGUGCCAUUUUAUUUAAGAAUAUUUUAUUGAUGUGUAAGUGAUCUGUUUACAAUGUAAUUGUCAUCUUGGUGAUUCUGAAAGUCUUCAAUAACAGGCAUAAAAGAAGUUGCGGAGCUUUUCAUAGCACUUAAGAUAAGUUUUUUUUUUUCUUUUUUGCCCUCAAUAUACAGUAUAUAUUUUUUCCAUAUUACAAGUCUGUCCUUCCCCGAGUUGUAAGCAUCUGCAGGCAAGGCUAAGGAGGGAAGACCUUCACUUAACACUUUUGACCUCGACCUUGAAAACAUUUUAGUCACUUUGUUUUUCCAUUCAAUAGAUGGCACUCCUUGCCAAAAAUUCAUUCAACUUUCAUUGAUCAGGUUUGCAGCGUUGACGGCAAACUGUAGCAGAUUUAUUUUAGUAACGGUAAGAUGUGUUUACUUUUCAGAUGCCACUUCAGAUUGUCAGUUUAUCAGACUGAAUUUGAUUCUAAGCAGCAAAAUGACUCCACAUUUGCUUGUAGUGCAAGGAUGACCUCUGGGAAGGUCAGUUUGGUGCAAUAGUGCUUUGUUUAAUUCAUUUCGAUAUCCACAUUUGAAAUGUGUAGUUGCAGGGAAGAAGUAAUUAAAUGUAAAUGCUACUUUAGUUGGUGGCUUGUUUGUCACUGUAGCACUUGUCGCAGAGUCAGACCAUUGAUUUAAAAAUUUGUGCUUAGAUUCGGCUCCUUUCUGUAUUGAACCCUUUUGAUAUCAUCAUCGUAAAUAAAGUAUCAAUGUAGAUGCAGUUUAGUAUUUCUCUAAAUUUGAAAACUUCAUUAAGUAUGGGGAAUCUCAAAAGGGUGUUGCUUGUAUUGCUCCUGUCCUCUAUAAGUAUUUGCCAUGCUAAAGAACAGGAGUUACUUUACUUUAUGCAAGUAGCCCUGUCCCAGCUGUUUUUUUCUGUUUUGUUCAUGGGGAUAUUAUAAGUCACGCAUUCAGACCAGCUAGUAUUACUGGAUGUAAAAGUCUUUGCUCCCUGUUAUUCUGCUCAGUUAAUUCACACUCCACCACUGGCCCUUGUUUCUGUUCUACAGAACAGAAGGCAGAGAGAAGGUUCAGAUGGUUCAUUUUCCGUCUUUUACUCUGUUAUGAAAGUCUUCAUAAGCAAUGCACUCAGGAUACUGUGUGAAUAACCAGUAUAAGGCUUAUGCUUUUAAUAGACUACGAUGAUUUUCAUUACGCAGUUUAAAUCUUUUGUCCCAUUGUACCUUAUUUUGAGCCAGAAAGUUAACCUGUGACAUCUGGGUUUUUUAUGGUGGUGCUAAUAUAGUACUUCUUUUUUCACAACCUUAGAGAGACGUAUUUUGUGUUUUAAAGAGAACUUAUCACCAUUCUUUAUUUUCUAUAGGGCCGUUUCUUUUGUCCUGGGCAAGAUGUUAUUUUUUGAAUUUUUUAUUUUCCUAUUUUUUGUUUGAUAUAAAAAACUUUUAAUUUCUCUUUAAUUUCUUACCCUUCUUUUUCAUUUUUGGUGUUUUCACCCAUCAGUCACAAGUGGACUUGUUAAGAACAAAAAUAAGUUAUAAUUUUUAAUGCCAUUAUGAAAUUUUAAAUGACUUAAAUCCAUAGGGUAAGGUAAUUCUACCAUACCUUAAGAAGGAAAGUGAAUUGUCUGUUUAGGAGACAACAAAUAUAUUUUGCUUGACUAACGGGGGUAUUAAAUUUGCUGACUUUUGAAAACUGACAGUGUAAUGCAGUGUUAGGAGAUGUUUUCGUUGAUGACAGGCAGUGUCAGUCAUUGAGAUUGCUGUUAAGAAUCUUGAUUAGACUGCGUGUGUAUGAAAGCUCACAUUUGUUGCGAUCCAUGUAAUAGAUUUAAACUUAAAACUGAAUGUUUUGUGUGACAGUGAUCUGGACAGGAUGGUUCAGUUUAAGUGUGGGAAGGUGAAUGCCAGCAAGGUUGUGUCAGGUUCCGAAGAAGCUGUAACGAAAUGGCCAAAGUGAAUAUAGGUAAAAAAUGUAAAAAAGAUACAUGGCCUAACUAUGGGACAAGUUCUAAUUGUCUUUUUCAUUAUAAAGCUUAAUUGAAGUACUGUUUUAAAUUACAGAGAAAACAAUUGGAAUUACAUUUUAUUUUCUAAUUUGUCAUCAUUAUUGUAUUUUAUUGACCUUUAAUAUAUCAGCAUAGACUAUUUUAAAUAAAUAUUUUAACACAUAUCUGUCUGUUUUCCUGACCCAGGUCCUUAUUGAUUGAAGUAAUAGAUUAUUACCAGAUUCAUUAUUCUUUAGAGACCAUACAGAAUACCUGUAUGAAAGAAUCUCAGUGUAGCAAAGUUACUCGAGUACCAGCAAUUCAGUGCAGUUUAUUUGUAAUAUCUGCUAAGGAGUAAAUUAGUGAUCAAUCAAAUAAUUAAAGAGUGUGUCAUCCUAAAACCUUCUGUCCGAAUGUAUUGUAAUACCUGGUAUUUUAAGUAUUGGGUAAUGUAUGCAAGGUCAGAUGCGAUGUUAUAAGUUUCCUUAAACAAUAAAACUCUUCCCUUUCCAGCA